UAUGGACGUUAUAAAAACCCUGCAAUGAAAAAGUGAUCUUAUCGCUGUUUUGACAGAUUGGGAAAUAAAUCCGUUCAUCAAAAGGUAUCGAAUAGCGGGGCAGUGGGAAAAGUAGAUUCCUUCGAGAAGCUGGCCUUGUAUGCACACGGUCCACUACACAAGUUAUUUCAGUCUCCUUGUCAACUAAAAAGGCGUUCAAAUAUUCAGUCAAAUGUCAGUGUAAUUUGUUUAGUUAUGUAAUGUUGAAGUAGUUCCGUGCACAACAAAACUUGUUUAAUAUAUCGAGUUCUGUCUUACAUUUUAUUCUAUGCGAAGAUUUUACUUCGGGAAAAUGGCAAUGGCGACUGCAAACACUUUCCAGUCAUUAUCUGUAAGUAAGAAAUGCAUCUAUCAUCCUGUUAAUUCUUGUUCGAAGCUAUUUUCUCCGCACAACAGCCCCCAGAAAUCCUUGCAUUUCUUUCAAAAAAAUGCAUUUACAUCACUAUUAUCAUUUUCCCAAAACCUGAGAAAAUCUGUGUACCCUACAUUAUUAAAUCCCCCAAGGGCAAUAGGAACAUCUCAAUCCUCUGAUGCUCCUGAGCAAAGGGUUUUUCAUGGAGAAUGUUUUGUAGUAUACGAUAACAUAGACACUGACCAAAUCAUCCCGGCAGAAUAUUUAACCCUAGUUCCCUCCAAACCAGAGGAAUAUGAAAAACUGGGCAGUUAUGCCUUUAUCGGGCUUCCUGAUGAUAAGUAUAAGAAGAAAUUCAUUGAGAAGGGCCAGGCUAAGACAAAAUAUCCUAUUGUUAUUGCUGGCGAUAAUUUUGGAUGUGGGUCUUCUAGGGAACAUGCCCCUGUGGCACUUGGGGCAGCAGGAGUGAAGGCUGUUUUGGCAGAGUCCUAUGCUAGAAUAUUCUUCAGGAAUUGUGUGGCUACUGGUGAGUUGUACCCGGUGGAGACUGAGUGCAGGGUUUGUGAAGAAUGCGAGACUGGUCACAUUGUCACUGUGGAGAUUGACGGAAAUAAGCUUAUCAACCAUACCACCGAAAAGGAGUACGCUCUGAAGCCUAUUGGUGAUGCUGGGCCUGUGAUUGAGGCUGGUGGUGUUUUCGCAUAUGCAAGAAAGACUGGGAUGAUUGCUAGUUCUCCAUCAGCUUGAACUGGGUGUGGCUGUUUUUAUGUGCAGGUCCUUGAAGGUACCGGUAAACGUUUUUCAAUCUUCUAUAUGUUGUUGAAGGAUUGAUGCAUAGUUCCAGUUUACUAUUUCAGCUCAUGGUUUUGAGCAGCCUUCUCUUGACUCGGAUGGAAUUUAUAUCAAUUUUGUGCAUAGAGGCACAUUAGGGUUAUUAUGGUUAAUUAAUAAUUAGAAAUAUCAGGAAUUGCAGCUGAAACACCAUACCUUUGGUAUGUGCCAAUGGUUUUGCUUAAGCAGUUCCGUAGCUACAUAUUAUUAUAGUGGGGGAAAUGAGGGUUAUCUUUUCCAUAUCAUGUCCAUGAUUAGCCUUUCUCCUCUAGAGUGAGGUGGGGCAAAGAAUAUUCAAUUUUAAUUUGUCCUUGCCUCUGUUUUCUAUUUAAUUCCUGGGGAUUUGUAUGCUUUAUAGUGAAUAUUUUAUCUUUUUAUAUAAGAACUCUGUUGGUAACUUGGUAUA